AAAUUAAUCAAAUACCCGAUUUCAACAUGGCACAACACAAGAGCCUUGCAAAGGACCUCUUCGAGGAUAUGGGCCGCAAGGUCGAGGAGGCCAGCGCCCAGCCAGACAGCGAGGACGGCAGCAAAGUUGUCGAUGAGAUUGAAAGUUUGUGCAUGAACUGCCACGAAAAUGGAACUACUCGGUUGCUCCUCACCAGGAUACCCUUCUUCCGCGAGAUCGUUCUCAUGUCGUUCUCAUGCCCGCACUGCCAUUUCAAAAACUCCGAGGUCCAGCCCGCUGGCGAGAUACAACAGAAAGGAGUGCGCUUCUCUCUGAAGGUCGAUAGCGCCGACGACCUCAACCGACAGGUUAUCAAGAGCGACACAGCAAUCUUUCGAGUCGAGGAUAUCGAUCUAGAGAUUCCUCCAGGAAGAGGACAGCUGACCAACGUCGAAGGCAUUCUCACCAUGGUUGCACAAGACUUGGAGCAAAAGCAGGAUGAGAGAAAGGAAGUAGUACCGGAGAUCUACGAGCAGCUACAGGGCGUAAUCAACACGAUCAAGCAAAUGGCCAGUGGAGAGAAGUUGCCCUUCAAGGUGACGGUUGACGACCCUGCUGGUAACUCGUCCAUUGAGCCUCCAAGUGUACUCGCCGCGGGCAAAUAUUCUCGAAAUGAGUAUGCGCGAACUGCAGCACAGAACGAAGCGCUGGGCCUUGGCGAUGCCAGCGGUGAGGCGCCUGCCACGGAGAUCCGACCAGAGUACCACGCUUCACAAAUGUACCCUGAGAUGCCUUCGGCUCAUAAGCCCAUGGUGAACAACGUAGACGAUGAUGAUAUUCUGGAGAACCAAGUUUACUCGUUCCCUGCCAGUUGUCCCGGAUGCACCAAGCCGUGCACUACCAACAUGAAGAUGGUCAAUAUUCCCCACUUCAAGCAAGUAGUCUUGAUGAGCACCGUGUGUGACCAUUGCGGAUACCGCAGCAAUGAGGUCAAGACUGGUGGUGAAGUUCCUGAGAAGGGCCGUCUUAUCACUGUAGCAGUCAACAACAAAGAGGAUCUGUCGCGAGAUAUCCUCAAGGCUGAGUCGUGCGCCAUGUCUUGCCCUGAACUCAACCUCAGUGUUGAGCCCGGUACGCUUGGUGGCCGAUUUACAACUAUCGAAGGUCUCCUUACCCAAGUACGCGACGACUUGAGGUCUUCGAUUUUCGAUGCUGGAGAUGGUGGCGAUUCCAUGAACGCGGAGACAAAACAGAAGUGGAACACCUUCUUCAACAGUCUCUCAGCAGCCAUCAACGGCGACGACAAGUUCACCAUUAUCCUUAAGGACCCUCUUGCCAGCAGUUAUGUCCAGAGCUUCACCGCACCAGAGCCAGAUCCGCAAAUCAAGGUUGAGGACUACGAGCGGACAGAAGAAGAGGAGGAGGAUCUGGGUCUCAGGGACAUGAAGACAGAGGGUUACGAAGAGCAUGCUGCGACGAACGGUGCGACCACCAAUGGCGAGACUACCAAUGGCGCAUAAGGGUUCGAUAAAUUCCACGUGCUGUAGAUUUCCUUGACUCUUGUUGCAAUGGGUCGGCGCUUCUGAAGAUACCAGGGCCUCGCCAGCCCCGAUGAAUACAAAAAAGUUUCCA